GCCGGCGCUCGGCGUGUCCUUUGUCCUCAUCCUCCUCCUUCCGCCGCCGCCGCUCCGGGCGGAAGAGCCGGCCGCGGAGCCUGCAGAUACUCGUGAUGCCGCACAGGCGCCGGUCCGCAGCGCGCCGGCGCCGGUCACGGACGGUGGGUGCCCUCCGGCUGAGGGGAGCCCCGCUCGCGGCCUCCCUCGGGCGUUCGGCCUUUGGCCUCCCCUUCGCGGGACCGGCGCACCCGCCCGGCUUCUCGGGGGAUGUCUGGGUCUCUCUGCAGCCCUGCGAGCUCCAGCCGAGGCCGCUCGGAGCUUCCUGGGGAAGGCAGAGCCGGCGCGGCCCGCAGGCCCCGGGCGCGCUGGUGGCACGGACAUGGCAGUGCAGGGCAUCCCACAGCGCUGGGGGCACGGACAUGGCAGUGCAGGGCAUCCCACAGCGCUGGGGGCACGGACAUGGCAGUGCAGGGCAUCCCACAGCGCUGAGGGCCCUGGCAGGACAUGGCAGUGCAGGGCAUCCCACAGCGCUGAGGGUCGGUGUGGGAGCAGGGCAGGCUCUGGAGGGCUCCCCACAGCCCGGGCUGGCUGCGCACUUUGCCUCAGGUUCAGCCCCGGAGCUGGGGAUACAUUGUGGUAAAAGCAGAGUUCUCGAGUUUGGUUACUGUGUUCUCACAAGGUGUUUCCUGCUCUAUAAUUUGCUACACUUUUAUAUCGGUUUUAUAUAGGGUGGUGUUGCCCUCAGCUGAGCUUUCCGUGGGUUACUUGCCCCAGGAAAGCCACCAGUGCUGCCUCCUGAGGGAAAAGGGGUUUAAAUCCCUAAUCUCACAGACAUAACCUUGCAAUCUGAUCACCCGUGUUUAAACUUCUCUGUUUGCAGGGUGAGCUGAGGAUCCAGGGCUAAGCUCAGCCAACAGAACAGUCAGAACUUCAGAGAUUCCAGGAAAUACCUGGAUGCUGUUCAGGUGGUCAGAGAACAUCCAGGGGGCCACGGGGAAACAGGCAGCAGCCAAAGUGAAAUAAAGGAAUUAGUUGUGAAAAUACUCUUUGAAUGUCUUUCUUAUAAAACUCUGGCCUUAAUUUUCCUCAUUCUGUGCUAUUCUUAAGUCUAAAUUAAUUAUAGAACAGCAACUCUAAAACAUUUCAGUAGAAUAAUAUCUGUUCUUUGAAUUUAUAAACUUGAGGACCUCAGAGAGUCUGAAGAAUUUGCCAAGUGUAUUUUACUGAGCCAGUUUACAGAAUUAUUGGCAAUUGCUCUGUCUGUGAUUACAAUAUUUCACAGUACCUAAAAACAGAGAGAAAAAACACUUUCAAAGAAGUCAAUUAUGGUUGUUUUGGCACAUCAGGAAAAUGUAUUCCUGGACCCUGAGCCAUCCCCAAAACUUGUAAUCAUCUCUGCUCUUCCAAAAUAUUUUAUUUUUCUUCCCAAUGAGCUGAAACAAGCAGAUAAACACACCUUGUCGGUAUCUCUUUUUUUUUUUUUCCUCUGCAAGGCUGAGUAGAUUUUCACACCUCCAAAAUCCCUGAUGGAUUUUGUUUCUCAGGGAAGAUUUUUUAGUAUGGCUUGUUUUUAUCCACACGUUCCAAAUAAAUUUGCCCAGCAGCAGAAAAGACGGCUUUCAAAAACACCCUCAAGAAAGGCUGAAUUUGGAGAAAUCCUUUACCAGAACCAGGGAAAGGUGCCCGGGGAGGCGCUGAGGCCGCGGUGUCCCCCCCCAGCUCUCACCCCUCUCUCUGUGGCAGUUGCCAGGCUCUGUGUCUGCGACCUGCUGGUGGCACAGUGCGACACCAACUGCUGCUGCGACCCCGACUGCAGCGCCCAGGACUUCAGCCUCUUCACCACGUGCUCCGUCCCCGUGGUCGUAGGUGACAGCCAGCUGUGCAGUCAGAAAGCUGCUGUGUAUUCUCUUGAUGUUGAAGCAAAUCCACCAGAAAGGAUAUUUCAAUUAAUUGACCAAGUCAAUCCCAGUAUUUUCUGCAUUCAUGCUGCAAACUAUAAACAAGCCCUGUACCUCAAAUCCCCUGAAAUCCCAACUGCAGAAAAUUUUGAUCAGUUGCUUGAUAAAUUUGGAGGUGCUACUUUCAGUGCUGAGCCUGAGAACUGGAAUUUGGAUACAGAUGCCCAAAAUCCCCCUGAGGCCAAUGAAACUUCCAGAUAUGAGUAUGGGGUUCCUGUCCAGACAGAGGAUGCAUUUCUAAGGCUGCCAAGUCCUGUUGUCUCUUCUUGGUGCUCUGAUGCAAAUCCUGCAGGGUUUUUAGUAAACCAAGCUACAAAAUGCAUUAGAUCAGUAAGUGUGGAAAAAUGUGACAGCAUUCAAGCACUUAGCAUGUUGUUUUAUAUCAACUCCAGCAUUUUGGCAGUGCCCAGAUCAAGUCAGAUGGUGAACAUUACUGUCCAGUCCAUAGUUGUCCAGUCCCUGAAUGGAAUGAGGACUUUCCUGAGCAGUGGUGAAGUCCUGAGGCUCCCAAGGGUUGUGGAUGAAGUGUGCAUCAAUGCAGUUCUUGGGGUGAAUUAUCACAUUACCUACACAGACACAGGAGAAAUAAUAGAAGCAGCUGCUGCUUUUGUCUUGGGGGCAAUUAGCAGAGAAGCACUUUCAAUAGAGCAGAGCUUCGAAAUCAGCUUCACUCAGGAAAACACGCAGCCAGUUCCUCUCAGUGGCAAUCCUGGUUAUGUUGUGGGGCUGCCUGUCAGAGCAGGAUUCCAGCCUCAAGGAUCUGGCAUCAUUCAGAGCAGUAACAAACACAGCCAACUCACCAUUCUGCACAGCACAUCCACCCAGGACUGCCUGGCAGCACAGGGAGCCAGAGCCCCAGUAUUAUUUGGUUAUAACAUGAUAUCAGGCUGUAAGUUACGAAUUACAGCAGCUAUGAAAUGCCAGCCUUUGGCUCAGACCCUCCUUGAUGUGCUGAAGGGCCAAAGCUUUCCUGAGUACGUGGCCUCAUUUGGGAAUUCUCAAGCCCAGGAUGUGCUUGACUGGGUGCCAAUAACUCAGCUCCACAUCUCAGAGCAGAGCUCCUGCCAAAUACCUGUGUCACUGGGAAUAGAGGUGAAGUGGACUAAAUAUGGAUCCCUGGUCAACCCCCAAGCCAGGAUAGUGAAUGUCACAGCCACAAUCACUACCACCACACUGAGGCAGUUUCCCUCAGGAAGGGAAAGGAUUAUUCCUAUAACAAGUUCUGUGGUUUUCACUGACAUUUCUUCACCUGCAGAGCCAAGCUACAAAGCUUGGCCCACCAUUAACAUCAAGUUACCCUUUGACUUUUUCUAUCCCUUUGUCUAAGUUCUUUUAAUCCAUGGAUUUAUGAGCUGUGGGAACAAAGAACUUCUCAGCCCCAUGGGCUGUGAGGGAACAGUGAAAAGGGAAGAAGAGAUGAGGGAAUGCAGUAUCAGAACUGGGAUCUGCUGCUGGAACAAGGCAUUGUUUGAUGUAAGAUGGCACACGUUUGCCUCUAUUUUGGGGCUGAUUUCUUUGUCAGGGAAAGGAGUGGUGUGUUGGUGUUUCUGAAAUGAAUGUUAUAUAAAUAACAAAGUGGCACAAGCAGCAACAGAAAUGAGGAAACUACCAACAGUAUGAAAAGAAUGGUUGGCAAAGAGAUGUAUUGAUGAUGAGCAGGCAGCUGUUGGAGAAGAAAUUACCUUUUCAGCCUGGGUUGUUAUCAUUUAUACUGCAAGUUUGCUGCAAAUAAAGGGUGUUAUCACAGGAAAAAAAAAAUUAAAUAAGUGGUACUUUUCUGGAUGUA